UCCACAUAUUGAGACUUUUCAUUGGUGCUUCCGACUUAACUCCUGCACUUCCGGGUUAGUGUUGUUUGCUAAUAAGAGUCGACUGGAGGUCGUGUAAUGAAGUGUGUCCCUGGACUUGUUGACCAGUAAUCCGCGUAAUCCCAUGGCUACUGCAAAAACAUUAUUGUUUGUGUAAUCGCGCUGUGCUUCUUGAAUUAGUCAUGUCGCAAGCUUCGUCUGGAUUCACUCCGGCUGCUCAAGUCCCACAUGGACCUAGUAAGGGUCCUUUUAAUGCCUCGUAUAUUCCCAAUGAAGAAGAGAGGCGUGUCUUCAGAGAGUGCAAUUCAGAAAGCUUGUGGUACAGAUCCUUGCCUUUUUCUGCCAUUGCAAUCGCAGCCACUCAGGUAAUGGUAUCAAGAGGAAUCCUUACUCCAUCGCCCCGAUUUGGCUCUCUUCCCAAAGUUGCAUUUGCUGGCAUGCUUGGAUACAUUAGUGGGAAAAUGUCUUACAUGAGGGUCUGUGAAGAAAAGUUUAGGAAACUGGAGAACUCCCCACUAGGAGAGGCACUACGACAGGGACGUCUGCAUCACAUGCCUUCAGGGCUAAACCAGUCAGAGUUUGAGGAUCCAAACCUAUCAGAAUCUCAACAGUCUGGUUCUGAGUCUGCGUCCCAACAUUCGACAGAAGGCAGUUCUAUGCCUGAGAGCUACAGCAGUUACACCAGUGACUAUACCUACAGCAGACCCUCCCAAUCAUACGACCCCACUCCUUUUAGUUCUGGAUUCAGUGAUUCUGGUCCCGUUAACAUCAGGGAUGAUAUUUCUUCUCUAGCUCCACUCUACCCAGAUGAGGACGUGCCCAAAAAGAAGCCAGUGUUGUAUGAGGAACUGCGUAGCAAGAAUAGAGAGAACUACGAGGUCACUCUCACACAGAAAGCUGAAACACUGCUGAAACCACAAACAGUGGUGCCAGUAGCUAAAAAGGAAGUUAAAAAGAACAAGUAUGGAGAUUCUUUGGAAGAGUACGAUUGACCUGAAGAAUCCGCUGUUUCAGGAGCUCAAGAUCUGAACGCAGUGACUUCUGUAGAGAUGUCAUGACUCAUUCUGCCAGAUUAGACCAAAAGCUGCGAUUA